ACCUCCUAAUUCUCUCUCUCUCUCUCUCUCUCUCUUUGUUUUUCAAUUGACUAGUGACUGUCUCAUUUUGGUGUCACAUGGUUCACCAUGAGACUGAUGAGUGAAGAGGGAAGGAGAACUUAAAGACUCUCUUUAUCUUCAGUUUAUUGUUAUCCAGUCUGCCAGUGACCAUUGCUGCAGUCUCCAUUAAAGCCCCACUGAGGAUUGAAUAAAAGAAUGUGGAAAUAGCUACUAAGAGUAACAGAUAUCAACUGCUAUUAUAUUUAUUAUUUUUAAAACCUCUCAAUCAUCAAAGUUAAAAAUGAACCGGAUUUGAUUCCUGCUAUGUUACUAUUAAUAGAUUCAUUAAACAUUGCAUCAUUUAGUUAUUAACUUAUUAUGUAAUAGUUAUAAUCAAAAUUAACUAUAAAAUCAUCAAGAGUUCAAGACAUCAACACUUUAGAACUUUACUAAGCAACAAGAAGUAGAAGGUGAAACUUUGUCAGUGAUCACUCAAGGACUACAGAAGUCUCUACUCUAUAACUUUAUCUCGAGUUAGUCUAUCGACGGCUCCUGUUCUUCUCAAUAAGAAAAGUCUUUCUCACUUCAUGGCUAAUACACCCCACCAGUGUAGGAAGAGAACCAGCCAGAUUGAUACUCCCUACUGUCGUUGUGGAAAUAGUCGUGCCGUCUGCUACGUGUUUAAUAGUCUACUGAUAGCCAGCCUAGCCUUUCCCACACAUCACUGUGAACCUGAGAGAGUUCCAUGGCAGAAGUUACACCCACACCCCCAGUUACAUAUGGAGGAGGGCCUCCCUUCUCAUCAAAUUUCUCAUCCUCCCCAUCUUCACUUUUGACACAGGAUUCCUUUAGAGAUCAAUGUGUUAUACCAUCUAGCAGUGACAUUAUGUUAAAGCCCAGUAGAAGUGAUGUGUUGCUAAGCAAUGGUCACAUGAUCAGUGUACUCGCCUUUUCUAAAGAUACAUAUAUGAACGUGUCAGUUCCUUGUGAUGUCAGUAUAAACUAUCAGCAGCCAUCUUUUCUUCCCUGGAGCAGACUAGCUUUACUACUUUACCUACUACAAAGAAGAUCAAAGGAUUUCAAGACAAAACAGGAGAAGCCAGAGAUUAAGAUUGAAGUAACAGAUUCCUCUAAUUCUACAAAUGGAGAUGAUAAAUCUAAUUAUCCUAGAACUACUACAACAGAGGAAGCAUUCACCUGCACCUGCUAUUAUGGUAUUAAUGAUGAUGAUGAUGAUGAUGCUGAUUCUUGGAGUGGAUUCUGUUUAAAGUGUGAAUGUAGUUAUGGUAACAAUGAUAUGGAUUAUGAAUGUCAACUUGAUGAGGAGGAGGAGGAGGGGGAGAGCGAAGGAGAAGAAGAGGAAUAUAAUGAACAGAAUCCUCAAGAUGAUGAUGAUGAUGAUGAUGACUUUAUUGUCCAGUUUGCUUGUGUCUCUGUCUCUCUCUCUUCCUCAGAUCCUGUGAUCCCUCGUAUGUGUCUCCUUGCUCCCCCUCCACCUCCUUUCCUUCAACAUGUCUCCUCCUUCUCGAGCGAUGAGAGCGGGUUUUGUGAGCGCUCGAAUUUUGACAGCAGCAGCAACGGAGAAGAAGAAGAUGAGGAGGAAGAGGAGAAGGAAAGUGCAUGCGUCUUUGACGAAGGAUUAUGGCAUGAGUUUGAGCAGCAGGCCUGCUUUAACGGAACAAACUCUUUCUUUCGUCCAUGCCCUCUUUCUUCUCCCGUUGAUGCCAUUAACAGUGACUCUGGCAGCGAAGUAACCUUAAUGGAGGACAUAGACUUACCACCUGCCCACCAUCAUCUCAGGGAUUACGAAGAAGACACUGUAGCUGAGGAAGAAAGCAAGGAUCAGACUCUUCAGCCUAGCAGCUGCAAGAGAGUCCAAUUUAAACCAGAGCCUCAUUUAUUUCAAGUCCAUCACAUGGUCACAUGGAGAUAUGCGUAUAGAACAGCCAGGAAGGGACACUGGGAGCAGCUGGGGCUUGACAGGGAUCGAUUUCAAAAGAGAAUAGAGACUAUUGGUAAAGCUAUUGGGCCUUGUCUCCUCAAGAAAUUAGAGAAAAUGAAGCUACAGGGUACAAGUGAUCAUGGUAAUGACGAAUCUCCAGUUUCAGUGGAUGUACAAUAAUAAUCAUUUAAAGGUGAAUUGAUUCAACCUAUAAAAUAAUAUAAUGCUGAUAUUCGGCUGCAGGCUAAAUACGCACGAAACUAUUAUUAUUAUAUUUAUUUUUACUAUAAUUAUUAAAAAUAUUGUGCACAAUAAAUCACACCACAAUUUAUACUUAAUGUAA